GGUUUUUGUACCUUCAUUGUUCACAUUCAAUUUCCUCCGGCAGAGCAUGAAGCGUGGGGCAAAAACACAUCUCACGCUGGUCCUGCUGGUGGUAGCAAAUGCAUUCCUACUGAAGUCAAUAGUGCCAAGCCCUGCAUGGGUUAGUCUUUGUGGUGCGAAGGGCCUUGGGCCCCCGCGUUGGAAAUCAGUGAGAUAUGACUCAAGGCGGUCCGACGCAGAGUUGUGGCCAGAGAUGUUUGAUUGGGUGAAAAGUACUGGCAUGGAUACCUCAGAUAUUCAGGUCAAAGUUGCCGCAACUGAGGAUCUUGCCAAAGGGGAGCUUGGAUUGAUUACGACAGCACCAUUGGUAGCAGGUGACAUCCUUGCCUGGGCACCAACAUCGCUCCUUUUGAGCAAGGGCAAGGCGGUUGAUCUCUGGGGCUCGCUGGUGGAGGACUUGUCAGAUCGACUGGCACUCAUACUGUUGUUGAUUCAAGAACGUUUUGUACACGGCUCUGCCUCCAAGUGGCAAGUCUACAUGCAAACUCUGCCUAGGUUUGAUGGUGAUGUCUCAGGUCCCAGUUUUCUGUGGGCAGAAGAAGAGCUGGAAUGCUUGCAAGGGAGCGACGCUUAUCAUGCAGCUUUUCAAAUGUACAACACAAUCAUAGACGAGUAUGAAUCGUUGAAUCGCACCCUUUUCAGCAAGAACCCUGACACCUUUCCCCCGACUACCUUCACGUUUGAGAACUAUUUAUGGGGAGCAGCCAAUGUUGCGUCCAGAGCAUACGGUGAUGAUGCUGAUGGAACUCAUCUUUGUAUAGCUCCGCUUGUGGAUUUCUUGAACCACAAAGCCGGGGCUUUACAGCUCACUCGCUUUGGCAACGGCAUUGUGGCAUAUGCACACAAGCAUUAUGAAGCGGGUGAGCAAGUGUGGGUUAGUUAUGGCGGCAAGAGCAACGCACAACUUUUGUCCCAGUAUGGAUUUGUGGAUCCUGACAACGGCCAAGAGGCAGUUUACAUUAGAAUAUCCGAUCACUUGCCUGCAAGCACUUCACAGCUUCAGCUCAUAGGGCAACUUCUGAAUGAUGAGCCCCAAAUUGCAAUCUUCCGUCUUUCACGGAGACCACGCGAAUGGGAGCCAACACUGAUGCCUGUCCUAAGAAUUCUUGCCUUGGACGAUCAAGAUUUGCCCAAGAAUGCUGAGGACAUGAUUCAGCGGCAGCAACCCGAGCUUGAAGCAUCAGCUUACAAAGUACUGCAGCAAGCCAUCACACGGCGCAAAAGUGAAUUUCCUGCAUCCCUUGAGGAGGACAAGAGGACUUUAGAGGGACUAAGCAAAGAGGCUUUCUCACAGAAAAUUGAGAGAGAGUCUUUGGCUUUACGCUUGCGGAUCUCAGAGAUCGAGCUGCUGGAACUUGUUGAGGCAUAUGCUAUGGACCAAGAGCUACGGGAAGCCCAACCAUGAAAGCGUCAGUUGCAAUGCAUUCCCGCUGAUACUCCCUACCAUUGCAGCGGACUACCCAUUAUUAUGCUUCCAGCCUGAACUUGGAGUCGGCAUACGAUUUUCGAAUAUUGUUGAUUUGUUGUGUUUGAUCUCAUUGCUGACACUGCCUUGGCUCCUAGUGUACUUUCG